UAUUUGGUUAAUAUUUAAAACUGUAAAUAGAUAAAUUUCCAUACAUCAAGUUAAGUUUCUGAUCAAUUAUUCAGUCAAAAAAAAGUUAAUAAUCAUUAGUACAGAAUCCAGCAACAGGACAAAGACACUUGAAGAAAGAAAGGUCCUAUCCAAAGUUGAAGAGAAAAACCGAAAGACUUUGAAGUUUUUGUAUAGUAGUUGUGGUGGAAGAUGGGUUUGGAUUACUAUGAAAUUUUGGAGGUUGAAAGGAAUGCAACAGAAGAAGAGUUGAAAAAAGCUUACAGAAAACUUGCUAUGAAAUGGCACCCUGAUAAAAAUCCCAACAAUAACAAAGAUGCUGAGAUUAAAUUCAAACUCAUAUCUGAAGCAUAUGAGGUUCUAAGUGAUCCACAAAAGAGAGCGAUUUAUGAUCAAUAUGGAGAAAGCGGCCUUAAAAACGGAAUGGCACCAACAGAUGAAGGUGCAGCUACAUACUUCCAAACUCCAGAUGGCAGAAGGUUUAGAUUCAAUCCCAGAAGUGCAAAUGGCAUCUUUGCAGAAGCUUUUGGUUUUUCAAGCCCAUGUGGAGGAAUGGGAAUGAGGGGUGGCGGCUGCAGAGGCAUGAGGGGUCGUUCGUGGGUGUCAAGUGCCUUCGGUGAUAUUUUUGGCCAAGACAUGUUCGCAGAAAGCAGACAAGCAAGCCAAGCGAGCCAAGUUCCAAGGCGCAAGGCACCUCCCAUUGAAAAUAAAUUACCUUGCAGCCUUGAGGAGCUUUAUAAAGGUACUACCAAAAAGAUGAAGAUCUCAAGGGAAAUUGCAUACGCAAGCGGCAAAACUCUACCUGCGGAGGAAAUCUUAACAAUUGAAAUCCAACCAGGCUGGAAAAAAGGAACAAAAAUCACAUUCCCAGAGAAAGGAAAUGAGCAACCAAAUGUUACUGCUGCAGAUAUUGUAUUCAUUAUUGAUGAGAAACCACACAGUGUAUUUACAAGAGAAGGUAAUGAUUUGGUUGUGACACACAAGAUAUCAUUUGCAGAAAGUGAAUCUCUAACCAGAAGCUACACCUUCCAACUUACUACUUUGGAUGGAAGGGAUUUGACCAUUGCCAUAAACAAUUUAAUCGAUCCAACCUAUGAAGAAGUUGUCGCCGGAGAAGGGAUGCCAAUUUCCAAAAAGCCUUCACAGAAGGGUAAUCUUAGGAUCAAAUUCAACAUCACAUUCCCAAGCAUGGUUGAAGCUGAAACAGAAAGCCAGAAUUAAGAAAUGUCCAUAACUACAUAAUAGAGUGCCAACCACUGCCAAAUGUAUCUUGUGCAUAACAUAAUAAUAGCCUUUCAUAUUGCUCCAUUUCAUGUGUCUUUGAUAUGUGUAGUUGUUUUGUGAGAUCCCUUAACAGUGUCAUCUACAUAAGUAUUGAGAUAUAAUAUUUUGAAUUGCAAUUGAUAUUAGAGCACUUAAUAUUUUCGUA